CUCCGGCUUCGCGUCUGCGGCCCGUGCGCUCGUCGCGCCGCUGCGCGCCGCCGGCCAACAUGAGCCGGGAAGAGGAGCUGCUGAAGAUCGCCAAGAAGCUGGAGAAGAUGGUGGCCAGGAAGCACACGGAAGGGGCCCUUGACCUUCUGAAGAAGCUGAACAGCUGCCAGAUGUCCAUCCAGCUACUACAGACAACCAGGAUUGGGGUUGCCGUGAACGGGGUCCGCAAGCACUGCUCAGACAAGGAGGUGGUGUCCUUAGCCAAAGUCCUCAUCAAGAACUGGAAGCGGCUGCUGGAUUCCCCUGGGCUCCCCAGAGGAGAGAAAGGAGGGGAGAGAGACCCAGCACAGAAGAAUGACAGGGAACCCGAUUGUCCGGACUGGAAAGCAGAGGCAGGCCUUUCUUCACCAAGGAAAAGGCCCAGGGACGAGCCCAAAGACAGGAGAGACUCGACGGACUCCAAGUCUCCUGCCGCCUCCUCUCCAAAAAGACCAUCGGUGGAAAGAUCAAACAGCAACAAAUCGAGAGCGGAGACUCCCAAAACACCCAGCAGCCCCGUGACCCCCACCUUUGCCCCUUCCGCGUGCCUCCUGCCCCCCUGCUACCUCACGGGGGACUCUGUCCGGGACAAAUGUGUGGAGAUGCUGUCGGCAGCCCUGAAGGCAGAUGAUGAGUAUAAGGACUACGGCAUCAACUGCGACAAGAUGGCAUCAGAGAUUGAAGAUCAUAUCUAUCAAGAGCUCAAGAGCACGGACAUGAAGUACCGGAACCGUGUGCGUAGCCGGAUCAGCAACCUGAAGGAUCCCAGGAACCCCAGCCUGAGGCGGAAUGUGCUCAGUGGGGCCAUCUCCGCCGGGCUCAUUGCCAAGAUGACGGCAGAGGAAAUGGCCAGCGAUGAGCUGCGGGAGCUGAGGAACGCCAUGACCCAGGAGGCCAUCCGUGAACACCAGAUGGCCAAGACAGGUGGCACCACCACUGACCUCUUCCAGUGCAGCAAGUGCAAAAAGAAGAACUGCACCUACAACCAGGUGCAAACACGCAGCGCUGAUGAGCCAAUGACUACCUUUGUCUUAUGCAAUGAAUGCGGCAAUCGCUGGAAGUUCUGCUGAUGGAGCUCCCACCAGCCAGGAUCCCAGUGACCCGCGGCGGGGAAAAGCGCAAAGGACGCACUCAACCCCAACCAUCGGGACUGGAGCCAAAAUAAAACGUGAAAUGAAGUAAAAUGACA